UUGCAUCCACACAAAGACAACUAGUCUCUUUUUUAAAGAUGCUCAGCAGGAUGUUGUUAGUGUGCCUCAUGUCUGUCAGUGUGUUCAGUUCAGCCUCCUCACUGAGCUGCAGAUGGAUGGAUCAUAAAUUCAGUCAGCACAGUCUGAACUCUCUGAAUCUAAUAGAUGCUAUGGCUAAUAAUUCCACUAACACCACUGAGGAGGCUGAAGUGGACUUCCCUAAUGAUCUGUACAGCCAGGCCUCCAAAGCUUCAGCUGAGGACAAACUGAGUUUCACAGUUCAGAUCCUGGAGGAGAUGGUCUCCCUGUUUGAGGAGGAUCACAGCUCUGCAUCAUGGGAGGAGAACACAGUGGAGCACUUUCUCAUUGUUGUGACCCAGCAGGCUGACGGCCUCCACGCCUGUAUUGGGAGUCACAGCAACAAGAAGAAGAACAAGAAGCUGCAAAUGUAUUUCAAGAGACUCUCACACCAUGUCCUGGAGCGAAUGGGCCACAGUGCUGAAUCCUGGGAGCUGAUCAGGAAGGAAAUGAAAACCCAUCUGACGAGAGCAGACCAGCUGGCUUUGUCUGUACUCACCAACUAA